AUGGCUUCGGAACUCCAUGUCCUGAUCGUCGGGGCAGGUAUUGGCGGAUUGGCGCUGGCAUUGCUACUCGAAAAGGCCUCUAUCUCCUAUGAGGUCUUUGAAAAGGCCCCAGAAAUCAAGUUGCUCGGUUCUGCCAUCACAGUGAGCUCUAUCAUGCAGAUAUUCGAGCAACUGGGUAUGUACGAGGAGCUCCUCGAGCUCUCACGGCCGUUCGGCGCGCUGCAUGUUCGUGAUGAGAAACUCGAUUACAAGGGUACCUUCUGGUCGCGUCCUCCUGGUGAUGAUUACGAAGGACUGUAUGGCGAUUACCCCCGCGUCAUCGCAAGACCCGACCUUAUCAACUUGCUUCUUUCACGCGUCCCUGCAAAGCGUAUUCACUACGGCAAGCGCGUGUUGACAACUCGCCAAGACGAGGACGAGGUGACGAUCAAGUGUGCGGACAACACGGCCUACACGGGCAGUUUGCUCGUUGGCGCUGAUGGCGCCUAUAGCAGUGUCCGUCAGAACUUGUACAAGGAACUCCAAAAGGCCGGGCAUUUGCCCAAGGUGGAUGCCAAGCCGAUGGGGUACAGCUUUGAUUGUGUUGUGGGGAUCUCCGACCCUGUGAAUCCAGAUGAUUAUCCGGUCCUGAAGGAGGAGUUUAGCGAGUUCGAGAUUGUUCUGGGAAAGGACGUUCCCUUCACUGUGUGGUACAUGCCUAUGACAAAGAACAGGAUCGGAUGGAUGGUGACGCACGACGUGCGCGACUUGGGCACCAAUGUCGAGCGAAACAUGCGCUGCUCAGAGUGGGGUCCUGAUGCGGCACUCGAUGUGUUGAAGAGCGUGAGUCAUUUCAAGUGUCCCUACGGUGGAUCGCUUGCGGACAUUAUCGAUAUAACGCCCAAGGAAAUGAUUUCCAAGGUCAUGUUGGAAGACAAGUUUUUUUCGACUUGGUACUCUGGCAGAACGGUUCUUCUUGGCGAUGCCUGCCACAAGAUGCUCCCGUUUGCAGGACAGGGCGCAAAUAUGUCGAUCCUGUCUGCCCUCGAACUCACAAACCUACUGUUUGAUAUCCACUCCAACUCCCAAGAAGAAAUCACGCGUGUUCUGAAGGAAUAUUACGCUGCACGAUAUGAACUCGCAAAGUGGUGUGUGGGCAGCGCCAAUCAGAACGGAGCCAUGCUGCACAGAAAGGGCACCGUGGGAGAUUUCGUCCGAUAUCUCUUCCUGAACUGGAUGCCACAGUGGUUGAUCAAGCGUGUCACAGACAGCUUCCAUGUCUACCGCCCUCAGGCCAGCUUCAUACCCUUUGUCAAGGUCAGAGGCUCAUUCAAGACAUAUUCCAACAAACCGUCGAGGAGAAUGGUGCCUGGCUCCAGCAUUCCCAAAUCUGUGUGA